GUCACGUGUUGCAAACAAAAAACAGGAUCGCGAAAGGCAGAAGCGAAAGCGCCGGGUGAGCAAACGGACACGGAUGCAUUUGCUUGCUUUUGCUCAGUGCUCGCCUCUUUCUCAGCGCGGAAAGGAAGCGGCGGCAGCUCCUCGUCCGGCUCCUCCCUCUUCCUCGGAGGACGGAAACGGAUCCUGGGCGAUCCUGGGCCUCCUUCCUUGGGUCUCCCCGGCGCGCGCUCGGGCUGAAGGGGCGCGAUGGCCAAGAGCGCCCGGCAGCGCCUGAUGGACGCCCUGGAGAACUUGCACGACGGCGAGCUGCGCAAGUUCAAGGCGAAGGUGGCCGAGAUCCCGCUCGAGGAAAGCCACGAGCACAUCCCCCGAGGGCGGCUGGAGAAGGCGGACGCGGUGGAUCUGUCCCGUCUGCUGAUCAGCUACUACAAGCAGGAUUACGCCCUGCGCCUCACCGCGCAGGUCUUGGAAGAGAUCAACUGCAAGGACCAGGCGCAGAAGCUCCGCGGAGGCGGCGAGAAGACUGCUUGCUGUAACCCUCAGAUCCCUGUGCCUUCCACCAGUACCACCUCUGGAAGAAAUGAGACACAGCCUCCAGCUCCACCGGAGCAGCAUUUCAUUGAGCGGCACCGGGAGGCCCUGAUCCAGAGGACGGCCACCGUGGAGGGGAUCCUGGACGUGCUGCUGCGUGACGAUGUCCUGGAUGAUGAGCAGUACCAAAAGAUCUCCGCCAAAAGCACCAGCCAGGAAAAAAUGCGGGAACUCUUCAGGUUGCUGCCCAGCUGGAACCAAGCUUGCAAGGAUAAGCUGUACGAGGCCCUGAAGAUGAAAAACAAGUUCCUCGUUGCCGACCUGGAAGGAUAAAGAGGCAGCCAAGGCACAACCCCAUUCUGCGGCACAGGAAUUCCGCCUCGGCAUGUCAGGGGACUACCUUGAAGCCAUGUACAGUGGUGCCUCGCAAGACGAAAUUAAUUCGUUCCGCAAGUUUUUUCUUCUU